AUGGCUAAUGAAGAUGUUGUCCUGAAAUUGAACAUGUCUAAGGCCUAUGAUAGAAUGUCUUGGGAAUGUGUUUUGAUGGUGCUUAAAAAAUUGGGUUUUUGUAAGGAAUGGAUUAACUUGAUACAUGGGACAGUGAAUAAUAUUUGGUACUCAGUGAUUGUAAAUGGAGAGCAACAUGGCUUCUUCCAUUCUACAAGAGGGUUGAGGCAAGGAGACCCCCUGUCCCCCUCUGUAUUUGUGAUAGCUGCUGAAAUUGAGACUAGUAGACUUAUGAGAUGCCAUCUUCCGUUAUCCGUAAUAUCCAAUCAACCCUGCCUGGCCAAAGGAAGGACAUCAUCGACCNAGAAAGCACUUGAAACUUAUACAGGUUUGAGGGCUAGGGAGCAUGAGCUUGAGGAUCUAAAAAACAAAAUUCAAGUUGCUGAGAAGACUCUCGCUGAACUUAAAAAGAAUUUUGUUUCGAUUAUGGCCGACUACAAGUCAUCGCCAGCCUACCUGGACGAUGCAGUUAAAUACCCAUUCAUGCUGGCACCUCAAAUAUUCAAUGAGCGCAACCGGGCCGAGUCUUUUUUCAAUCGGAUAUUGUCCACUCAGAUUGGGAAAGAGCUAGUUUUGAAAUACGGCAAGUGGGCCUACAAGAAAGGACAAUUCAAGAUGCAGAGUAAAAUCAUUCAGAAGCUUACUAAGACCUUACAAAGAUAUGACAUGAAGAGAAUCCUUGGCAUUUUGCCUGAGAUGAUUCUUGAUCCUGAAAUGGCACCAUUUUGCGAGCCUGCAGAGGAUGAAUACGAUCUUGUUCCGGAAACCCCAGAGGAUCAAAUAGGGCGCAUUUAA